AUGAGCGCGACUUUGCGCUGCCUAUCCCGGGCGCUCCUUCCUGUCCUCGUCUUCGUUGGUCUCCUGCUACCACGAACUGCACACGCCGCCUUUAUCAAUUUCGACAAUUGUCUGGAUACGAACGUGGUGCACUCGAAGCCGCUGCAGCUACAAUGGAUUCCACUGGCGGUCGACGCCAAGUUUCAGCGCGAGCCGCCUUACAACUUGACCUUGACGAUCUAUGGCAAUGUGUCUGGGCAGCAGGUGGUGGGCAAUUACCCGCCGCCGACCAGUCCGGAUUGGCAGAACCCGAAUAUGACCUUUGGCAAGAUCAGCAAUAUUGGGUCGAGUGGUAGUGGCAACUACAGUACACUUCUGGCAGACUUCAAGGUGUUGCAGUAUAGUGCCUACAAUGCCAAGGCAUCCGAGUUCUGCGGCUCCCUGGUCAACGCUUCGUGUCCGCUGGGUCCGUACUUCGACGCGAACGACACAAAUCCGUAUACCCUGCCAGCCUUCACCGUCUCGCACGACUUCGGCAGCGGCUACUCGUUCAGCACACUGGCUGGACAGAUCAGUGUCCUUUCCGGAGACAACGGCGCUCCGCAACUGGCUUGCAUCAGCACCAAUAUUACACCUGAUCUCGGGAGUGGGGUAACGUCCCUGAUCACAUGGCUCCCGGCUGCGAUCUUGAUAAUAAAGGGCAUUGCCACACUGGCAGCAGCAAUCUGGUCGCCUUGGGGUAGCAGUGAUAUCUUCAGGUGGAGUAGCAAUUAUGGAAGAGAUGAAGAUCAGUUGCGGUUGGUGACACCCGGAUUCGGAGACUGUCUGCAAUACAUUCAGUUUGUGACUUUGACCGGAGCUCUGUCGCUGCAAUAUCCUGGCUUUUACCAGCCAGCUGUGAGCCAGACGAGCUGGAGUCUGCUCCUCUUCAACCAGAGCUACGUCAGCGGUGGCAACGGAACCCAGAGCUUGGUGGACGGCGUUUACAAGUACAAUGGUACCUACGGCAUGACAGCCAUGAGUCAGCUCAUUGGCCAGAGCAGCGUCGAGGAUAUCUGGGCAUGCAUGGCGAUUUGGUUGCUUGUGAUCGCUGGCAUUGUCCUAUUGCUCUGCCAGCUCGGCUUCCUUGCCCGAUGGAUAUACCGAACCGUCACCGACACCACUGAGGAGGACUUGCGACAGAAGAAUUUCCCUUUCACCUUUGGCAACAUGAUUCGGCUGGUCUUCAACUACUUCAUCCUGCCGAUCGUAGCGCUCAGUCUGUUCCAGCUGGUAAUAUCGCCAGGCUCGCCGACAAGCGUCAUCGUAUGUGCAGUCAUAAUGCUCGUUCUGGUAGUGGUGGUCGCUGGCUGGAUUAUCCGAGUCAUCUUGACGACAAAACCACGAACAUAUCUCUUCGACGACAUGCCGACUGUCUUGAUGUACGGCCCGCUCUACAACACGUACAGCGAUAGUGCCGCCCCGUUCGCACUGGUUCCGGUCUUCAUCACCUUUAUGCGGGCUGUUGCGCUCGGUGCUGUACAGCCUAGCGGUAUUGCCCAGAUCAUCAUGCUCGCUAUCUGCGAAGUCAUUCUCAUACUAACACUCAACGGCUUCCGACCUUUCCAGAAUGAGACGAGCAUGAACGCCUACCACACUUCUUUCUCGGCCAUCAGGCUGGUCACGGUGCUGAUGUCGAUAGCAUUCGUACCCUCCCUCAACGUCGCAGAAUCACCCAAGGGCUGGAUCGGCUAUGCUAUCCUGCUUCUCCACGCCUUCGUGCUGGUCUUCGGCUUCUUCCUCAAUGCUCUGCAGACACUUAUCGAGGUCAUUGCAAGAUCGACCGGCGUGGCAAGCGAUUCUCAGACAGGCGCGAUCAGAGGUAGUAUCAUGAAUUUGCGGAUGUUGAGGAAGCGACAAAAUCGUCCAGAGACUGGUGAUCGUGCUAGCAUGACGAGUCACGCUGCCAUACUCCAGGACGCAGAUGCAAGAAGCAAUUAUGCUGGUGGUCGUAGCCGAAGCAUGUCUGCGAGUAGCCAACAAUUGCUCAACCAGGGGGGACGGGCAUCUAGCAUGAACCGUCUCAGUGGCUUUGAGAACUUCUCGAAUGCUGGCGAACCACCACAGAUGACUCCCAGUACGGACAUGGAUCAUGCGCAGUCGCCUUUCACUUUCGUGCCCGGUGGCGCUGGCUAUGUGAAUAAAGCAGACGCUGUUUCGAAGAAGGAGACUGAGCAGAAUUUCUACCGACCUCCGCGACCACGAAGGACGACUCUUGAGCAGCUUGGCACUCCUGGUGCCAAGACGAGAAAGAGCGGGAGGAGUAGUGGAAGUGGCUCGGAUACAUACAAGGACUCGCCGGACCCGAGAAGUGAAGACCCUUCUUCUCACGUGCGAUCGGGUAGCUAUGAAGUUGGCAGCUUUGUGCCUGGUCGGGACUCACCUGCUCCGGCAUAUAUCCGUGACCGAGCGGAUUCGAACGAAAACCUGCCCCGACCGGAUUAUGCUGUGCGAGAAGUGGAUCAAUACUAUCGUGGCGCAGCACUAUCUGAUUUACCAACUCGCAAGCUCAAGACUGGUCCAGCUGAUCCCGAAGGCCCGGCUGCAAAUGCACAGACUUGGCUGCAGAAGUUGGUCUUUGGCGUGAAGAAUAAGCAGAAGGAGCCGACUAAGGGUUUCGAGGUUGUGCGUAGCUCGAGAGCACCACCGGGCAUGCGUGAUCUGGAGGAUGGUAUGGAGAUGCAGACUAGUCCGCCCAUGCGGCAGGAUGAGCCAUACCUUGACUCACCGCCUUUGCGGCAAGGCGACUUACGACAGGCCUCUGGCGGGGCUGAGCGUGCAGCCAGUCCGGUGCAAGAUGAACAAUCGCCACCUAUCGGACAGCGCGGCUUCAACUUUGGGCUUGAUGGUGUGGCUAGUGUGCCAGGUAGGCAGGACAGUGGUCGAGCGAAUGCAGUACAGCUACCUCACAAUGCUGGAAAUAUAUUACACCCAGGCUUGCGAGCCGAGCAGCCAAGUCUGCGGUCACGACCAAGUGCAGAUACUAUCAGCAAUUAUGAUCGUCCACGACCGAGUGGCGAUGAUGUAAGCGAUUACGACCGACCACGGCCGAGCGCGGACACGGGCAGCGACUAUGAUCAGCGGCAUUCCGCCUCUAUCGCUGGUGAUCGCGAGCCGUACCAUCUCUCCAUAGCACCUUCGCUCGGCCCGAUAGAAAGCGUGGGAGGCCUAGACCUGCCUUCGCGCUUCAAUUCCCGACGAAGCCAGAACCUGGAGAACAUCGACAUCGGCAAUACGCAAGGCGGACAGGACUGGCUCAAAGCUGUAGACGAGCUGCAAUGGAACCACGGCGGCACUGCUCUACCAGCAUCUUCCCACCAACCCACAGCCUCAGCUUCAGCUUCACAGCGCCAACCACCCGCUCCUCGGCAGUUCUCAACAGACUCAACAGACAACCCCUACGAAAAUGACGAUAUGUUCUCCGGCUUCGACUCCGGAUUAUCCGAACCCGGACCCGAUUUUCUCAGCGCACCACGCACGCAAGAAGUCCGACCGGGGAGUUUUGCCUCGGUGAACCAUCAUCGGGCGGCGGAUAGUAUCAGUCGGAAUUCUUUUGGUGCGAAUGCCGCGUUGCAGGGGAGUAGUGCGGAGAUUUUUGGGGCGACGCCGCCGCGUGGGGAUGGGUUUGGUGGUGGGAGGUAG